CACUGCUUGAGCGAGGGAGCUGGACUGCACUCUUGGUCUCGAACGUGUCAUGCGUUUUACCAUCACGACCACCUUGUGGCACACCAAGUCUGUAUAGAUCCCUACCACAAACACUCCAAACAGCGCCGCCGUGUACGAUCGAGCCGUGUUGCUUGCUGCGGAUGUUUCCUCGUGCGAUCAGCCGGAGGCUUCCCGCUGUCGGCGUCCGCCCCCUGUCCACCCGUAAGGCUCACGACUGCUGGGGAAGCGCUUGGCCGUCUCGCCAGAGCAGCACAAUAACCUCGGUGUCUGAUGGCACCCGCAGCAGUAGCAGCAUCCGCCCGCAGCACGGCUCGGGACGCGGACCCGAGACUGCAUCAGCCGCAGCUCUCUCUCCCGUCAGAAGAUGGCGACAGGGACGACAGUUCUCCAGGGGGGGAAGAGCUGGCGCGCCGGUGACCUCUUCAGAGCUAGCCCAAGCAGAUGGGGAGGAGGAGGAGGAGCAUGGUGGAGGCAGAGAUAGUAGCCUCUCGGUCUCCUCUUUGGGUAUCGAAAUCGGUAACGACGACGGCAGUAGUAGCUGCGCUUCGCCAACACCGCCGGAAGCAGCGGGGCUGCGGCCGGAAACGGCGCCGGCCUCGACGCCGCUGGACCUGGGGUGCAAGGCUUACUACAUGGCGACGAAUAUCGGCAUCAAGGCCGUCUGCACGAGACUGUACGCUGGUUUCCCGCGUAGCUUCGAGAAGCACUGCGUCGUCAUAGGCCCCCUGGACCCCAACUGCUUCGAGGGGGGCUACCCCAGCCCCCGCGACCCUUCCGAGGGGUUCAACGGGGUGUUUCGAGACCUCUCCAGACUCAAGAGCAAGAAGUCUUUGAACGCCGCCGCUGCCGCUGCCGCCGCCGCCGCUACCGGCAGGGCUGGGAGGUCACCGGGUGGAAGAGGGGGCCACCCAGACCGGGAUGAUGAUGAGGAGGAGCUCGGACGGCGCCCCUUUGUUCCUCCCCCUCGACCUUUCGCGAUGGACGGUCCGGCUUACCAGGCGAGAGCGUGGGACAUGUGGGAGCCCGGCGGGGGCGAGGGCGGUACGGGUGCUGGGCUGAGAGUGCUUGGCGUUGGGAUGGGGGGAAGGAGGGUCGGCAAGGAGGCGGGCAACAGCUACGUGGUGCUGUUCGACUACGGCAGCGUGGUUUUCAUCCACUUCACGAAAGAGCAGCAGGAGGCGCAUCUGAGUCGCCAGCGAGAGUUCUUGUACGAGGAAAGCAAGAUCCCGCCAGGCGACGUCAAAACUGACUCGCACGGCGUGGUUUUGUGGUCAACUCUGCCGGAGCCAGCCAGGCUGGAGCCGGAUCGCACGACACUAAGAGAGCUUGACGUGAACCACAUCACCAUCAUCGGCACUGUGCUCGGACAGACGGUGGCUCUUGAUCACUACGGCGACCUCGUAGACUCGAUGAUGUCCAAGUUCGUCGCCAUCAACAGCGGGGUGGAGAAAACGGGUAAGUUUACCGCGGCUCAGAAGAAGGAGCUAUUUCAGCUGGUGGCCAGGAACAACACCGUCCGGACGGAUGUGAUCUCGAAGCUCGGCAUUCUCGAGCGGCAGGAAGCGGCGUGGAAGGACCCUGACUACAACUACGUGUGGGAAGGUCUUCGGGAGGAGUUCGAGAUGGACAGCCGCCUCCGCAAGAUAGAGUCCAAGCUGAGCAUGCUGCAGCAGAACACGAACUUUUUCAUCGAGAUGCUCCACAACCAGAAAAGCACCAUGCUUGAGUGGACGAUCAUCGUCCUCAUCGCGGCUGAGAUCGUCGUGGGAGUGUGCGACCUUCUGAACGUCAAGCCUUUCCCAUGA